AUGGCCGCUCCCCAGCCUGAGCGCCGGCGCAUCGUCGGCCUCUCAACCAAGAUGUACUUCUCCCUCGCCCGCCAGGCCGAAUUCACCUCCGCCGCCCUCACCAGCCUCGCCGCCGUCUCCCCCGCCUCCCUCUCAGCCGUCGACGUCUUCAUCAUCCCCGACUUCCUCAACAUCCGCUCCACGGCCGACUCCCUCGCCGCCGCCGGCGCCUCCCACAUCUGGGUCGGUGCCCAGGACUGCCACUGGGAGGACUACGGUGCCUUCACCGGCGAGGUCAGCCCGGCCGCCCUGGCCGACAGCGGCGUGCGCAUCGUCGAGGUCGGGCACGCCGAGCGCCGCAGGCUGUUUGGCGAGGACGACGCCGUCACGGCCAAGAAGGCCGCCGCCGUCGCGCGCAACGGCAUGAUCCCUCUCGUGUGCAUCGGCGAGAAGACCAGGGGGGACGUGGCCGUGGCCGUCGAGGAGUGCCGGGUCCAGGUCGACGCCGUCAUGGCCGGGCUGCCGUCCGAGGAUACCGAGGUGGUGCUCGCGUACGAGCCCGUGUGGGCGAUUGGCGCGGCGCAACCGGCGGGCGAGGAGCAUGUGCUGGCCGUGGUGGCGGGGAUCCGGGACCUGGAGAGCGUCAAGGGGAGGAGGGGACUUACGAGAGUGGUGUAUGGCGGCAGUGCUGGUCCAGGGCUGUACGAGAAGCUCAAGUCUGGCUUGGAUGGUCUGUUCUUGGGGAGAUUUGGGCAUGAUCCUCAGCAGUUUGCCAAAACGGUCCAGGAGGUGGCCGAGGCGUGA